UUAUUUAUCAACCGUGCCGUCCUCCCGUGCCCUUUCCUCGCUACUUGCGCGCGACAUUGCUUUGUUUUCUCCGCGUACUGCAUGUACAAGCUAGUUUCGUUUCGCCAGGCCAGGUCAAGGACUUUGUGUUGAUCAAUUCUCUCAACUGGUGAAUAUCGAAAUAUCGAUCAUGGCACAACCCAGCAGUCUGAUGCAGGGCGAAUCUGGCGAUCCUCGGUUGCAUACUGAGGAGCGCCAGAUUGUCGAGAAAUUGGAACAUGAGAGAGAAAAAGAAUUUCUUGCUCAGGGCCAAAACCUGGAUGGGCUCAUCCGUCCUCAGCAACGUUUGAUCCACGACCCAGACGUUUCUUUCGCCGAGUACUACCAUUACGCUCAGCAGACUCGCGCAGAAGAAGAUACCCAGCCGCCUGCUGGGAAGACAGGAUUAAUAGGCCUUCUCUUCCCCUCCAAAUCUGGGCCUGGCGCUGGCCAUGGCUCUGAGGAUGUAAGCAAAGUGCAUGUCACUGGCGACUUGGUACAACGGGCAGUAGUGUCCGACGAUGAGUGGGCUCAGGCCUCGCGAGCAUUGCGGACAGCCACUCAAGGAACCGCCUUUUACCUGAUUACAACCGAUAUUUUGGGGCCUUUUGCCCUUCCAUAUGCCAUUGCAACUGUCGGAUGGGGACCCGGUGUUGCGCUCUAUACUGUUUUCGCUGCCUUGGCUGGCUACUCGGGUUAUCUUCUGUGGGACAUCUUCUUGGGCUUGGAUUCCUACCAGUUUCCCGUACGAAGCUUUGGCGAUCUUGGAUUUCGUCUGUACGGUAAAUACAUGCGUUUCGGAUUUAGUAUCCUGCAGGGCAUUCAACUUUUACUCAAUGUCGGUCUGAUCACCAUGAGCAAUGGCGGUGCAUUGUCGCAAGCUAGCAAGGAGAAACUCUGCUACAUCGUCUGUUGUCUUGUCUGGGCUUUAGUCGGCUACUUUUCUGGCCAAGUUCGAACCUUGCAGAAAUUCGGGUGGCUUGCCAAUGCCGCUGUUUGGAUCAACAUCCUGUGUAUGCUCGUCUCAAUGAUUGGUGCCGGCAAAUAUGGACCUAAUUAUGGCUCCGUCGACAGUUCUGCUGGUAUUAGCAUUGACCCAGCUUUGGUUACCCCUGUAAAUGGUACCUAUCCACCAAUGCAGUCUUCGGGUGGAAUCCCCGCGUCACCGACUGGUUUCGUUGGUGCUGUUGGUGGUGUGAUGAAUGCCGUUUUCUCAUAUGGUGGUUCUAUGGUCUUUCCUGAGUUUAUGGCUGAAAUGAGAAAGCCGAAGGACUUCCUCUGGGCCAUGUGGGCUUCUCAGGCCUUUAUCUAUUUCGUCUACAUGUUCUACGGCCUUUUCAUGUAUGGAUAUCAAGGACAGUAUGUUGCUAAUCCCUCUUAUCUUGGUAUUGCCUCAUACGGAAUUUCCACCGCUGGAAAUGUCUUGGCUAUGCUCAGCGCAGCUAUUGCCGCUGCCCUCUAUGGUAACAUUGGCUUGAAAGUUUUGUACAACAACGUCUUCGUUGAAAUAUUUAACCUCCCACCGUUGACGAAAACAAGCGGCAAGAUCCUUUGGAUCGGUUUUAUCCCAAUAUAUUGGUCAAUUGCCUUCGUCAUCGGAGCUGCAAUUCCCAACUUCUCGGCUCUCACCGUCGUUGUCGCAGCCUUUUGUAUCCUACAGUUCACCUACACCUUCCCUCCAUUGUUGCAUAUUGCUUACAAGGUUAAACGGGCAGCCAUUGCCGAUAGAGGGUCCUUCGAUCCUGCUACGAGUGCUAGUGCCGACAAGUUAAGCUUCAAUGAUUAUCUACGAUACUUCUUCUCCAACCGCUGGUAUUUGAACGUGAUUCAUGUAUUUUAUGUCUUGGGGGCCUUGGCGUGUGCGGGAUUGGGUGCCUACUCAGCCAUUGAAAGUUACAAAUCGAGUUUCGCCUCUGGUGUCACCACCUCCUUUACUUGCAAAUCCCCAUUCGGGUCCUGAUUUUGUCGUCGUGUACUGAGGAGCCAUGAAUAUAUAUCAAGCAACUUAUUGGCUUUGGGUGUACCUGUGCGAAACAGCCUGUAUAUCAUCACAGUGAAAGGAGCGUGGAACAAGUGCAAUAGUAAUAUUUUAGUUUGAAUUCGAAAUUUUAAUAACCAUAUUUCAUACAUC